AUGGAGUUUGUUAUUAAAGCCAUUGAACUGGCAAAUAAGGCUCAGAGAGGAGGCAAUCCUGCUGUUGUCAAAGCCAAGAAAGAAGAAAUUGCUACGGCAGAAAAAGUGUUGGCAUGGCUGGAAGACGGCAAAAGAGUGGCUAAUGGUCAGUGGACGAACAGCGAGAUCGCCAUUAUUAAUACCCUCACUCUGCUGACUGCUAAACCAUCUGUAUAUAUUGUCAAUGUCAGUGAGGAGGAUUAUAUAUUGGGAGCUGAUGACCAGGGCACUCAAUGGAUGAAAGAAAUCAAUCAAUGGGUCAACGACAACUCACCAGGGGAUAGAGUAGUUCCGGUGAGUAUUGGUCUUGAAGCGCGAUUAGCAGGGUUGGAUCAAGCCACUGUUGAUGCUGAAUUGAAAGAUCUCGAUACUCAAAGCGCUCUACCAAUAGCUAUUCAGGAACUUCGUAAAGCACUCCAUCUCAUCAGUUACUUCACUUGCGGAAAAGACGAGGUUCGUGAAUGGACUAUCCGCAAGGGCACGAAGGCUCCACAGGCAGCGGGUAUCAUUCACAAGGAUCUCGAAAAGACAUUUAUUCUGGCCAAUGUCACUAAAUACGACGACCUGGUAGCUGCUAAUGGCGACGACUCGGUAAUUAAAGCCUCGGGUCAGCUCUCUCAAAAGGGUAAAGACUACGUUGUGGAGGACGGAGACGUGGUUCACUUCAAAUCGGCCGCUGCCCGAAAGUAA